AUGGCACGUUCGUUGAGUUACCUUUUCGUGAUCGUAUGCAUUACUUAUAAAGUGAUCGCGGAAAGAGAAUCAAACAUCCUUAAGUUAAGCAGACCACAGAAGGUUGCUUCGAACGAGACUAAAACGACAAACUUUAAUGUAACGGAAUACACAACGAAAAAGAAUGAAUCAGGCAAACAGUCGCCUUUAAUUGCUUUCAGCAAAAAUAAUCCGGAGUUGGACUGGAAGAAUUACUUGAAGAUGUUUGACGGAAACGAAGAAGAGCACCGAGAUCUCGAUGUCGAUUUUAUGAAGGAAAAACUCGAAAAGACGGCUAACAGUAUACAAUGGCUCGCUGAUCUUUACGAUCCUCUCAGGUGGGCCAGAGUGCCCGGAAAACUUCAAGACGAAUGUCGAAGAGACAUGGAAAGGUUUCUCAGUGCACUGAGAGACGGAAAACUCUGGGCGGCAAAAAUGUCAGACGCGAGUGGCCGCUACUCCUCGCAAUUUCACUUUGGCAACGGUUUCUGGCUGGGCUCGAUCACCCUUUGCAGGGAACUCAAUAUCACCGACGGAAAAAUUAUAAUGAACAUCGAGGAGCAAUCACCUUUUCCCUUGAAAUUUCACGUCGCAAGAUUUUAUCUAAAUCUCCCGAAAGAGGUCGACUUUUCAACACGUCAGGUGUUUUUGGGUCUCUGCCUGCCGGGUACAUGCGAUCGCGCAUCCCUGACCUCGAUGCUAAGGGCCAGUGCUGAUAGAGUCGAACGCGAAGGCAAUUCGACCUAUCGAUCGAGCGGCCCGAAAAUUCACGUUGUUACGGUGAAGCCCGUGCCAUCCAGCAAUUACUGCGCCUGGCAAGAUCCCAAAUUUUACGUCCUUUCAGCCAUUGGCGGCACGAUAUUGUUCCUGAUGAUCUGCGCGAUCGUGUACGAAUACAGAUCGCUUCCUCUUAUGAGGGAUACCGAGUUUUCGAGCGUAUCGAAUAACAAUGACAAAACCAACGACUUUAUAGACAAGAAUCUGAAUCAAGACCGCAGGAUCUCGAUAGGACAGGAAAACGAUCAGGAACUAAUCGAAAAAGGAACAAAACAUUCGCAAAAAGAGAAUCCCAUUCAACGGAAGAAUUGCAACAAAGGAUUCUGGCUGAAAUUCUUACUCGCGUUCAGCCCUAUCGUCAAUGGAAGUAAGAUCAUUAGCACCGAGCCUGCGGCCAAAGAUAGUCUCACUUGUCUCCACGGUCUUCGCGUGUUCUCCUUGGGAUGGGUCAUCAUGGUGCACACAUACAUUCAGGUCUUCUCUAUCGCUGAGAACAAGACAUUACGGACGGUCACAGAAAGGAAUUUCAUGUUCCAGACCGUCAGUAACGCGACAUUUUCCGUGGAUACUUUCUUCUUUAUUAGUGGUUUGCUGGUGACUAUACUUUUCUACCGAUCCCUAGGCAAUCUUAAUAUCGAAAAGGGCAACUUUUUGAAGACAAGCUUCACCAAAUUCAUUAUCAUGAUCUUGUAUCGAUUCGUCAGAUUGACGCCAGCUUAUCUUUUUGUAUUGGGAAUGAAUGAGAUUGCUAUGAAACAAGCUCAAGCGAGGACAGUCUUUUCGCCAAUUGUUAUUGAUCAUCUGACCUGUGAAAAGUAUUGGUGGCGAAACGCGCUAUAUUUAAACUCGCUAUAUCCGCGUACGGAAAUGUGCAUGCUGUGGAGCUGGUAUAUGGCAAACGACACGCAGUUCUACGUCCUUGGGAUACUUCUUCUUUUGCUCUCUGUGAAAUAUUUCAAGACCGCGGUCACUAUCGUUUCGCUGUUGAUCGUCUCUUCGUGGUUCACUACGUUCUCGAUAGCCUACAGCAACGAUUACAUAGCCAGGAUUCAAGAGCCGUUUGCUCUAUUUGACGAACUCUACGAUAAACCCUGGCUGAGAGCGGGUCCGUAUUUCAUCGGCACGAUCAGUGGUUAUAUCCUCUUCAAAACGAAGUGCCAGCUAAAGCUACCUAUGGGAGUAGAACUAAUUGGCUGGAUACUGUCUGUGGGCAUCAUGUUCUCGGUAGUAUACGGAUUGUAUCCCGGAAAUUUGACGGUGAUGGUAAGCUCCGUAUAUGCUGCCUUGGGACACACCGCGUGGGCGAUGGCCGUGGCUUUUAUCGUGAUCCAAUGUUGUACAGGGUCGGCACGAAUGAUCGACAGUUUGCUUUCGCUUAGGCUAAUGUAUCCUCUCUCGAGACUCACAUAUUGUGCCUAUCUCGUGCAUCCUGUUAUCAUGAUGGUCACGACUACACAGAUGGACGGACCGCUGCAUCUCUACAAUGGGAUUGUGCUUAUCCUCUAUUUCGGCAACCUAGUUGCCUCGUACCUGCUAUCCUUCUGCAUUUCUCUCGCCUUCGAAGCGCCAGUGGUAACUUUGUUGAAAAUUGCAUUCACUUCGAAGAAGAGAGCAAGAUAG